AAAAACAAAUAACACGUCAUUCUCCAAAUUAGGGCGUUUCAGAGAGAGAGAGAAGUCGUGCCGGUGACUUAAACCUAAAAUAAAUAAAUAAACAAACAAACAAAGAAACUCUUUAAAAUGGCCUUAAACGCGUGCUGUCGACUGACGAGGUGUGUUUUGCGAGCUGUAGAGAACAGAAACGGAGCUGUGAGAGCGGUAGCGUCGCGCUCGCGCUGUUUAUAUGGCCAUGGCGGGGUGAGGACAGCCCUGUGGAAGCGCACUUUCUCCUCAGCUGAUCAGCCCGCGGUGUUGGUGACUUAUGAGCAGGUGAAGAAGCUGGUUGUGGCCGGGACAGGUGUGGUGAUAGACGUGAGAGAGCCGUGGGAGCUCCGGGAAUACGGCAGCAUACCUGGCUCCAUUAACGUGCCACUGGGUCAGGUGAAUGCGGCUCUGCAGCUGAAGCCGGAGGAGUUUAAGGAGAAAUAUGGAGGUGAAAUGCCUUCGCAUGGUGAAUGCCUGGUCUUUACCUGUCUGGCAGGUGUGAGGAGUCAGAAAGCUGUGGAAGCAGCUCAGUCUUUAGGAUACUCCAAUGUACAGCAUUAUCAAGGAGGAUGGGAGGAGUGGGCUAAACGUGAAAUUCUGCGGACUAAAGUGUGACCCGUCAUGAUGCUGUAAAACUGUGAAUAAUAAACAAAGGGAAAAACUCCAUGUUCACUGUAAUGCAGGACAAACUGCUCAAAAUCCUUUCAGCUGCUCGUUUAUUUUGCCAAAUGUAAAGGAGUAAAAUCUGAAACGAUACAAACACUCCACGAUGACACCCUUUUUCUUCUACAAGCUUCUGUAUUUAUUUACCAGCACUAGUGCUUCAUUAAAGUUUUUUAGCACAUAGGAAAGCUAUAGGGAGGAAUUCUGACAUUUGGGACGCAGCCUUAACUGAAGCAGGCUUAAUAAUCCAUGAACCUUAAUUAUUUAAUUAGAAAGUUAUUCAUUAAUGGGGAGUUAUUCUGGUAAAGGCUCAUAUUCUGGUAAUGGAAUGCUAUACUGUGUGAAAGUCUGUCUUCAUUUGCCUUUAAAUGUUUGUAAAUUUCAGUGUCUGUGGUUUUAAAAAAUCUAAAAUAAAUGCCUUGAAUUUA